CUCUCCUGUCCUGAAAUUUAUCUCGUUUCUUCCUGUAAAUGUACAAAACACCUCCUCCAUUUCAUCACAAAGCAAUACAUAAGCUUCAUCUUCUCAUAAAAGUAAAAUAAAAUCUUCCACAAGCGCAAAACAAUUGUUUCUUCGAUAUGGAUUUCAGGAUCAUGGGUUUUGAUUCUCCCCUUUUCACGACUCUGCAACACAUGAUGGACGCGGCCGAUCACGAGGCUGACAAGUCGUCCAACGCUUCGACGCGGACUUACGUGAGGGACGCCAAGGCAAUGGCAGCGACGCCAGCUGACGUGAAGGAGUAUCCCAACUCGUACGUGUUCACAGUGGACAUGCCGGGGUUGAAAUCAGGGGACAUCAAGGUGCAGGUGGAGGACGACAAUGCGCUGCUUGUAAGCGGAGAGAGGAAGCGGGAGGAAGAGAAAGAAGGGGUUAAGUAUGUGAGAAUGGAGAGGAGGGUCGGCAAGUUUAUGAGGAAGUUCGUGCUGCCUGAGAAUGCAAAUACCGACGCCAUUUCGGCCCUUUGUCAGGACGGAGUGUUGACUGUUACCGUGGAGAAGUUGCCGCCUCCCAAGUCUAAGAAGCCGAAGACUAUUGAAGUUAAAAUUGGUUGAAGAGUUUGAAGUGGGCGUGUUUUCACGGCAACAACAUAUAAUUGUGUGUUCUUCAGAUGGAUCCAGUAAGGAUUUUCUUAUGGAUGUGUGCAGUAAAAUAACAAAUAUUUUUUUCUUUUAAAUUUUCUGCUGCAAAGUUUGUUUAAUAUUCCCAAUUAAUUUAUUAAACUAAUUGACCAAGUACGUUUAA